CGAACGAAUCCAACUCAACCUCCACACCAUCCACGACAACCCAAUCCACCACCCUUAAUCCUCACCACCACCAACCCACAAAGUACACAGUCCAUUCCAUUCCGUCAAACACCCUCAGCUCCCACCUCCCUCUCUACAGAAACCUACUAUACCAUACUCCCCAACCACACCCUUUCCUUUUCCACACUCCAAACCUAAAAAUCCACACUCUCUGGACCCCAAAGCACAUCCACAAACCCCCCCACCCAAAACACGCAAUCCCAAUGCCAUCAACCACAACCACAACCCCGGGCCCCCCACCAGCCCCAACAACUGAUCCUGCUACUGCUGCAGUGACUACAGCAGCACCAACAACAACACCAACAACCCUCCUCUGGGCCUACGAACUCCGCCGCGAGAACAUCGAGCUCGCCGCCCGCCUCACCGCCGCGGAGGCCACUAUCGCUGCCUUGCAGCACCAGCUGAAGGAUGUGCGGGAGGAGUUGCAGGUCCAGAAAGUCUGUGCUCUGAAGGAGAGGGAGUGGGAGGAGAUGGAAAGGCGGGUGCAGGGGGUGGAGGAUUCGGUGAGGGGGGAGGUUGCGGUGCUGGCGGGGUUGGUGGAGGGGGUGCAGGGUAGGGUUGCAGGGUUGAUGACGAGAAGAGAGGGGGGUCUGGGUGGGGAGGAAGGGCGGAAGGAUGAUGUUUAUGGGGAGGAGGGAGUGCUGGUGCCGGAUUCGACGUCUGCUGGGGCUGCUGCUGGUGGUGCUGGUGGUGGUGAUUUGGGGUAUAUGGAUAGGGUUGGUGUGAGCGGGGGGUUGCGGUUGGGGAUGGGGAGAGGGGGUGGGUUGUCUUCGACGGUUGAGGGGGGGAGUGAGAGUACUUCGUGGGAGAGUGGGAGUUUGGAUUGUGGUGGUGGUCGUGGUGGUCGUGGUGAUGGCUCUGUGGUGAUGGCUCUGUGGUGA